AGGGAGGGGAAGGAGGAGGGGCAGCAGGAGGAGACCGAGGGGAAAGAGGUGGACCGAGGACUAGGCUGAACGUAGCGGCGAAAGCCCGAACCACAGAGGAGAAACAGGCCAAGACCUCAGUUCGUCUCUGGCCGUCGCGGGAGGAGGACAUCGCCCGCCGUUCCACUCCGCCACGAUGGAUGACAACCAGAAGAAGUGCUCAGAGGAGGCACCCAUUCGCAGGGCCAUGAAACCCGUGCCGCAGAUAACACUUUCAGAGGCCCCGGACAUUGACCAAAACAGUGAUGAACCGGAGGAGUGCACUGAGGCAACGCACCCCGCCCCCAUACCAGAAGAGGAGACCACGAAAGGAAAAGACGAACCCAAAAAACAGGACAAUGAUAGGAAAAUAGAGACCGCGGGUGAAGGGGAAAAGAAACCAGUUGUGGAGAAGAAAGCAGAGAAACCCGAGGAGAAGAAGAAGGAGGAGGUGAAGGAGAAACCCAGCGUGGAGAACAAGAAAAACGAGACCGCUGAUAAAGUAGAGAACAAGAAGAAGGAGGAGGAGGAGAAGGCAAAACAGAAGGAUGCUACUGUGAAACCAACUCCUCCGCCUACUACUGCUACUACCACUACUACUCCUGCUCCUACUACUACAACUACCACUGAUACCACGAAGAAACCAACCACAGAGAACGAGAAGAAAGAAACCACAGCUACCACGACUACCAAACCACCUACUACCACUACUACUACCACUACCACUACCACUACUAACACUCCGAAACCAGUAACAGCGACAGCAGAGAACAAGUCAUCGGUAUCACCAGCGCCGGAGAAAAAGAAACCAGAGACCAAUACAGUAGAAACCAAGCCGGCGAAGGAGCAGAACGACACGGCAAAGAAACCAGAGAACGAUGCAAAGAAAGUAGAAAACGAUGCAAAGAAACCAACAACCACUCCGUCAGCCACCGCCCCGACGACCACACCUUCAGGAGAGGCCAACGGGAAGAAGAAAAAGGAGGAGAAAACAGAAACCGGAGGAGGAGGAGGAGGUGGAGGAGGAGGAGGAGGAGGAGACCACGCCGAAGAGGAGGAAUCUGUACCCUUUAAUGCAGAAGAGGAGACGAUUCCUCUCAGAAGCAAGGAAGUCGAGGAAAAGGAAGAUGGAGAGAAGAAAAAUAUCGUGCCGGCGAGGGUCAUCUUCGCCGUGCUGGGAUGUGUCGGCUUCAUGAUCGUCUACGGGCUGAAGGUGAACCUCAGCGUGGCGAUCAUUGCAAUGGUGAACCAUACAGCGGUGGCCGAGAUGUCGAGUCACCACCACGACGACCACCACGACGACCACCACGACAACAUGACGCUGGUGGUGGCCGACGACAUGGGCGAGAAUGUGACCCUGGACGACUGCGGGGUGAAGAUAGGCGGUGGUAAGGCAAUGGAGGACGGACCCUUCGCUUGGGACGAGAACAUACAAGGCCUCAUCCUUGCCUCAUACUUCUACGGCUACUUCUUCACCCAGGUUCCCGGUGGUUGGGUCGCGGAGAAGUUCAGCGCCAAGCAUGUCUUCGGCGUGGGUGCCCUGGUCAACGCCAUCUGUGCCCUGAUCUCGCCCAUCGCUGCCAAGGGCUCGUACGUCUGGCUGGUAGUCAUCAGGAUUAUCAUGGGCAUUGCUGGGGGCGUGACUCUACCCGGAAUGCACGUGCUGGUCGCCAGGUGGGCGCCCCCGCAGGAGAGGAGCAAGAUAUCCUCUGCAGUCUAUGCAGGAAUGACGCUCGGCACCCUUGUUUGCAUGCCGUUCUCUGGGUUUCUGGCGGCCGCUAUCGACUGGUCUGCUGUGUUCUACAUUCAAGGCGGUCUUUCACUCCUAUGGUACAUCUUGUGGCUCAUCUUCGUGUAUGACUCACCCGCCCUGCAUCCGCGCAUCUCCCGAGCUGAGAGGAAGUACAUUGAAGAGUCCCUUGGCACCGUGCAGAAGACUGAGAAACCGUCAGUGCCCUGGAAGAGUGUUGCCAAGUCCAUGCCUGUGUGGGCCAUCAUCGUCGCCCACACGUGCAGCAACUGGGGCUGGUACAUGCUGCUGGUGAAGCUGCCGACCUACAUGCGAUACAUCCUCAAGUUUGACAUCCAGUCGAACGCCGCCCUGUCCGCUGUUCCGUUCCUGUGCAUGUGGAUCUUCACAAUGAUCCUCGCCAACAUCCUCGACGCACUUCGAACCCGCAACAUCAUCACGACAACUUUCGCCAGGAAAUUCGCCACCUUCCUCGCUUCCGUGCCCCCAUCCAUAUGCCUGAUCGGCGUCACCUACGUCGGCUGCAACACUGACCUGGCCGUGGCACUCCUGACCCUCGGCACCAUGUUCGUGGGGGGCAUGUACUCCGGCUUCCUCUCCAACCACAUCGACAUUGCCCCGCCCUUCGCUGGCACCCUCAUGGGCAUCUCCAACACCUUCGCAACCCUUCCUGGCAUCAUUGUACCUUCCUUCGUCGGUUUCAUGACCCAUGGCAACCAAACCGUGGAAGCCUGGCGCGUCAUCUUCUUCAUCACCUUCGGCAUCUUCGCUUUCGAGGCCAUCUUCUACACUAUCUUCGGCUCGGGAGACCUUCAAGAGUGGGCCAAGCCGAAGCCUCAAGGACAGGAGCCAGAGCAGCAGAAACUUAACGAUAUCUCCUAAGUGUGCCCCGACUUUGUAUUUGUGAAGGGACGUGGAGGACUGGCGGGCUGGGACGGUGGACGGAAGGGAAGCGGAGAAUAGAAGAAGAGGAAGGGAGGAAAUAAAUGUGUGGAUAGGAGAGAAAAGAGAAGGGAAGGAAGGGAAGCGGAGAAUAGAAGAAGAGGAAGGGAGGAAAUAAAUGUUUGGAUAGAUAGGAGAGAAAAGAAAAGGAGAGAAGGGAAGGAAGGGAAGAAAAAGGACACAGUGGAUGGAAAUGAAAAAGAGAAAGAAAGAGAAGUAAAGAAGAGGAAGGAAAAUAAAGAUGAUGGAUGGAAAAGCGGAAGAGAAAGAAAGUGGUGCAUGGAAAAGAAGAGAAAGGCAGAUAAUUAGAAAAAAUGGAUGAGAGGAAGGAAACAAGAUUGAAAAGAAGAAAGUGGGAAAGAAUGGAUGAAGGAGAAAAUUGAAGAGGAAAAUAAAGAACAGAGGAGGAAAGGAAGAAAAGGAGAAGAGAAAAAUGAGAAUGGGAGGCAGUGUGAUGAGAAAGAAAGAAAGAAAGAAAGGAAGAAAAUAUAGAAAAAAAUAAUUAUGUAAAGAAAAAGGAAAAAAAAGAAAACACAAAUAAUAAGAACUUCAAAACCCAGAAAAGAAAACAAAAACAAAACAUAGAAAAACACCAGAUAGAUAGACAGAUAUAUAUUUUUUUCUAUUCCUGACAAAUUCUCACCAAAAAAAACAAAAAAAUAAUGAUAACAAUACAGCUACUUCACUACGCCAUAUAACACUGUGCCAUAGACGAAACAACAGAACUAUAGGUGCCAGAACACUCAUGAUAUGCCACUGCGAUUAUUGUCACCAUUACUAUUAUUAUUAUUAUUGCUAA